AUGUUUUUGCUUACUGAAUCAUCCACCAAUUUGCGAGCGAUAACGUUAGCACUUGUGGUCAAUGUUAAAGGCAAUCGAUUACUAUUGCUUGCACAAGGACGCAACAUUCUGUUCUACAUUUGUGAGAAAACAUCAGUCAAGUUUGUGACUACAGUGAGGUUUGGAAAUGGUAUACGAUCGUGGGCGAAAUUCACAUGGAACACAAACAACUAUGUGAUUUUAAUAGAUUCCACGUAUGAACUUAUGCUUAUUGACUUGAGCGGAUUGACACAUAAGAAACACCCCAAGACUAAAAUUGUGUUUGCGGCUAAUCUUUCCUCCCAAGGACAGCGUGUUUCUCCCAACCUAGAAGCUCCGAUUAUUUUACCGGUCCGUGAAUCGGAUCCGGAGUUUAUAAUAUUGCAUGUAUUUUAUUCAAAUGUCCAAAUAAUUACUGUCAAAGAUAUGCUAGAAUCUAUUGGAGAGGAUUUUGUUGUUCCAUACACUCGAAGCAUAGGGCAGAUCGAUGUUAAACAAAUUAUAAAUUUGAGCGCAAUUGAUGAUAACGAGACAAGUGAAAAACCACUGGGAAUAUACACAUUUGCGGUUCUUUACAAAGACAUAUCCUCGGCCUACUAUAUUCGAUACUUGGAUUGGACUGGAGCUACGCUUAAAUUGUCAGUGUCUAGACAGCUUUCUCUGUUUGAGGAGGAUCCCACUUUAAUUCAGCCUUGCAUUCAAAAUCCUGGUGGGCUAAUUGUUUACACGAGCUCAAGCAUGUUCUAUUUCCCACCGGAAAAGUUUCAGCAUAUGUCAGUUGUCAGAGAGACAAAGGAUGUGUUUGUAUCGACCAAAACUCAUGACGCGCAUUUAAUCGUAACCUUAGACAGACCGGGGAGAGGAAAGUAUAAGAUGGAAUACAGGUGCUUUGAGCCAAUUGAUACACAAAGGACACUACUAACGACAUCAAUUGGUAAAACGUUUUUACUUUUCAUGGAUAUUCAAGUGUCCACUGGUAACAGCCUCGUUGUCAAUCAAGUUAGAUUCAUUGAUCUCGACUACACCACGAUUCCAAUUUCCAAUGGUUUGCACCGCCUUUAUGGAAAUACGUUUUUUCAAGCUUCCAAAACAUCCAAAUCAGUUUUGUUUGAAGUGCUACCCACAAGACCUAACAUCAACAUAUUAAAUACAAUAGAAGGAAACCCUCCGGUGAUUGAUUUGAAGGAAGUAGACGACGGUGACAAGUUUUUUGCGUGCCAAGGUGGAUGGGAUGGAAGCCAAUUGAGAAAGUAUUCUGCACCUUUGUGCAAAUAUACUUUGAACAACGAAGCAAAAGUAUCCAAUUUUCCUUUGCGAGUUGUUGGUGAGUUAGGAGGGAAGUAUCUAUUUUGCGAUCAAAUUGACGACAACUUGAACUUGAAUUCGGCCGUGCAAGCUUUGAGUAAGGACUUUUCCCAAAGCACAAUCAAUGACGACAUUGAAAAUGAUGUUUUGAGGGUAGCCAGGAUCAAACUGCACAAUAUAACUCUCACAAAGAACAGUUUGAAAGUAGACGGCACUUCUGUAUUUGAAGGUACCGUUGAGUUUGGAACUAUUCAGGCUGAACACGGUGUGGUGUUGGUUGCCACCACAAAUAACGAAUUACGUGUUUUUGAUUUUCUGCAAGGUGUGGAUGGCAUUUGUUGUACGCUUGAUCACUACACGGAAGGUGGAGACGAAAUUUCAUCUGCCGAUGUAUACAAAUAUGAGAACAUGUAUUGGAUCAUUUGCUCGUUGCUAUCAGGAAAGUAUGAAAUUUGGAAUGUAGAGAGUGGGAAAAAUCAGGUAAUGUACCAAGGAACAUCGGAGCGAGCUGUUUUUUCUUCAAGUAUAUUGAUUGAAAGAUCUAACGAACCAGAGCAACCGCUCAAGGUGUACGCAUUCCUUCUGUUUGCUAACGGAGAUUUCAAGCAAGUGCAUUUCAAAUUGUUAGAAAGGGAAUUGACUUUAGCGAAUGAAAUUUUGGAAACAAAAUAUCAAAUGCCCAUCAUUUGGCGCAGAAGAAACGAUUUUGUUGUGGGCUUCAGCUCAGAGGGGUUAGUGGUACCGAAAAUGCUAAAGGAAUUGGAUCAGUUUGUGUUUGCUAAAAUUGAGAGAAAGAGCGUUGUUGACGUGUAUCUUUGUGGUGAAGCGGUUGGCGUGACCAAGCAGACCAAUGACAAGGUGGAGAAUGCUAUCGUAACAUUUGCUAAUGGAGCAGUUGAAUUGUGGGAGAUAGACUCUGGUAAUGGGACCCAAUUAACUGGCUUUGAAUCAGUAUAUUCUGAUAAAUUAUUCGUCAAGUGUCUCCCAAUGAAGUCGACCAAGUAUAUCGUUGUGGUGGCGUAUGAUAAGUUAAGUUUCCCCGGCGAAGUAAGGACUGAGUUGAUACUUGUGGAUGCUGAAACACUUGCUAUUCUUGACGUUUUCAGGUUUCAUGAUGACACUGAAGUGGUGGACCUAUGCCAAGUGGCUGAUGAUAACUUGUUGCUUUUGGGGUUGAAUUCGGGUGUGGCUUUUAUAUGCUUACCGUCAAAUGGCAGAAAUCCCAUCACCAUCUUCAAGAUUAUGGAUGAUCAUAUCAGGCUCAUUGAGAAGUCUAAAAUUUCUGGCUACCAAAGUGUAGAAGAAAUGAAGUUUACGAGCAUUACAGACGAUGAGGGCCGUCGUUGGGGAACUUACUUGAUCACUGGGACAAUAAACUUCUUUUGCAGUCUCAGCGAUGUUAAGAGUUCUCGAUUCGAAGCACAAAAACAACAUUUGGAGGUGGCACCUUCAUUGGGUUUGGCUCUGACCGUAGGGCCCGACUGGUUCAUGAUUGGCGAUGCCACCGCGGGAGUUUCUACACACAUGGUGGGAGACCGGCCAACUUCAGGGAAACGCAAUUUCUCGAUUACAGAAGAGAAGUAUUUGACAACCAUGUCUCACUCAUCAGAUAAUGAUAAAUUCGACUAUCAUGUCAUCGGAUACACCUCGGGUAAUAUAGUUUUGCUCCGUACGAUAGGAUUGACAGAAAGGAGCGUGAAAUUUACCAUUGAUGGUGACCAAGUCAACUCAACGACAGGUUCAGUUAACAAGGGAGAGAACGCUUCUCGCAUAGCCAGGAUUGGAACUCUUGCGGGUGGUAUUUUUACUUUGACCAAAAUUGAGAACAAAAACUGGAUAGAGGUACUCUGCAAGUGUGAUGAGGAAUUAACUCUUUAUGCUCAAGGACAGAACCUUUCCAUUCUCGAAAUAAAGAGGUCAAUGGAUGAUGAUGUUAGACUGCCAUUACAGCAGAUCCUUGAUGGUAGAAUUCUUUUCAAAUUUUUUGGUGAUGGUAAUCCAAAACUAGACUCGAAAUUCCCAAACUUGGUGGCGAAUAAACGUUCAUUACAAAGGAUUUACUACGAAUGUUGUGUAUAG